AUUCAAAAAGUUUGAAUUGGAUCAUUUCAAAUAGUUGUCCCUUGGUUGACAUUUUAACUGAGGAGCGAGGAGGCGACGAGGGGAGGAAAGAUUCAAGCGAUUUCAAUCGCACUGCCUUUUAUCACCGUGUAUCUCGCGCUGGCGUCAAAAAUUAUUUUUAUGUGGACACGGGGGAGCUAUGCGAGGAGGAUUAGAAAGGGGAGAAACACGCGCGGCGGAAGCCUGGCAUGCAGUGGCGCUCAAACGACGAUUUCUUCUCGGAAUGUCGUCACACCGUCGACAAAAGUAAUCAAAGAUUAAAAUUCAUUUGUCAAAUAUGAUAUUGUUAUGUGUAGAGCAUUGUAAAUGUAGCAUUAAUUUGCAUUAAGCUUGUUGACAGUGUGCCAACAACACCAGGUAGCAGAAAUUGAGCACAGUCUACUCUAUAUUUCAUUUUAACCCAUGCAAAUAUUUAUGGAAUGAUGGUAGAUUCUAGUUUGUUUCUAUUACUAAUCAGUUAUCGUACUUUGUUAGCAGACUUUGCCGUCUGUCCUGUUAUCAAAAUAUCAAUAAAGCUUGCAACAGAUAUUUUGCGAGAUGUAUCUUGAUAAAUCUGACUGUCUCCACAGGAUGUUACAUAUGGAUAGCUUGACAACAUUAAAUGGAGCCAUCGUCCAUAUUAACAGAAACGCGACGAAAAGCUCUACCGUCGAUUAAAUCGGCACAGCGAAUUGCUCAUAUUUAGUAAGUAACACCUACAUACGACCUACGCACACCAAUGUCGAUCGUGCGGUGAUAAUGCAAUGAUAACGAUGAGAAGGUUGCGAGGCACUGACGGGACGGACGGACGUGCGGCGGCAUUGGCGUAGAGAACGUUGGUUGUGAUAAGUUAUACGGAGAAUCUGUUUAUACGUUAUUAUUACGGCCUCGAAAAGUCUCCUCGAUAAGCUUCACGAUAGUCUUCGGGUGUCGACAACAGUCUUUUCAGUUGUAAAACAGAACUUUUUUCGAGAGUAAAUUAUUUCGCCAAAAUCUCGCUCGCGAUAUUUCCUUUUCUCUCUCACUCUCUCUCUCUCUUUUUGUCAUCUUCGAGUCUCGCAACGAAAAUUACCUCGCGCUGAUCCGUAACGAUUCUUUCGUAGCCGCGUGCGCGCCAAUGCCGAGAGGGUGAUGCGUGCUCUCGGGAUCAUUCGGACGUGACGCGCUUUAGUAUCGCUAACUCCGGUAACGCAUACGCACCGUGUGAGAUCAAAAGUAGACCGAUUUCUCGGCCGGCGUGAAGCUGCGCGAGAUGAUGCCAACGACAUGAGCCACCCUCGUCAGCGGCGGUUUGCGCCGCGACUUGCGAUCGAUACGGCGAUCUUCGCGAGAUGCUGCACGCCGAGAUGCGCCGCCGGGACUUCCUCUCAGCGACUCGUCAUGCGGAAAUCGCCGAUGGGACGAGAGGCUGAUUAACACGUCCCGUGAACACACCGUGCGACUGUUCGCCUCGAUUUUACCGUUAUAUCUUAUCAUGGUUGUUCGCGGAUAUUUACCCAAACCGCAGAGCUUCGGACGCACUGCGAGCGUGCAAAAAUUCGAAAGAAUUCUUGUCACAUAGCAACGGUAACGUACUUGCGACAAGAAUUCUUGCCCGGCGUGAAGGAAGAGGCAUUGUACGAUGCGCCGAUCAGCGUGAUAACGAGUGUGAAUAUUGGCGCUAAAAUAAUCUAUUGUCAAUAUUCGGCGAGACGCAUCGCGCAAAUCACCGAGAGAAAACAAACGGGCGACAACGAAUACACCUGUUAAUAUUUGCGUACGUCUUUCAAUGCAUCAAUCUAACCGAUUUUAGUAUUCGCACUUUCGCAAAUCUUCGCGAACUUCCGUUUGAUUAUCGAUCGUGUCAUAUUACUAUAAAUAUCAUUAUUAUCUACUUGUUUGGUAUGAUACUUUAUUUUCGCAAGUGGGCACGUCCGCUUUUCAUCGUGAAUGCUGAAACUGGUGAUGCAACAAACCUCCGAAAUCUGUAAGAACCGGUGAAGUCUCAUUGGCGUCGAAAUAACGGACACACUGACGAAAGGAUGACGAAAUUCGGGAAGAAAUAGCGUAUAUAUAGUGUCCCAACUCAUCGUCGCUGAUAGCAUCCGGAAAAGAACCGACAUAUAAAUUGUUUGCUUCGAAAAACAUCGGCGAGGAAGAUUGAUUCGUGACUUUUGGAAUCGUGUCGGGGACACAUGCGGUUUCGACGUUUUAUCGCGUUCUCGAGCGUACUUGAUAAUCACUCUUCACACAAGGCAUCGUUGUUAAACGCGAAGAAACAUCGUGGGAUCUCGGCAUAACGAGAAUCAUCCUGUUCCCGUGAUGGUUUGCAGUUGAAGCCGAUGCCACGGCAAUUCAACGACAUCGGCGUAUCGGCACGGACGUGUCCGCGCCACUGGACGCGCGUGGUCGCGAGCGUCGCGCCUGUUCGAUCGGUGGUGGACGAAUCGCGUCGCUGCAGAGGGUAAAGGUGAUAGCUCAGCGUGUACCGGCGCAGCGCAGCAUUGUGCGCAGGCAGAGCGUGCGCAAAGAAAGAGCGGGCAGUGAGGUAUCGGCGAACGGGCCAUACGGUUCGAUCGAGCGGAAACACAGUCGCGCACGUGUCCCUGGUGUGUAAACGUCGCGACGCGCGUUUCCCUUCUUGAUAGUCUUGAACUGUCUCGUUUGUUCUAUCCACGUGUACGACCACGUUGCACAGGAGCGCGCGCGUGUGUGGUGAUGCCGACGCGGCAGACUAUAUCCGUUCAAGUCACCUUGAUCAGCGUGUGAUAGCUACGCGCAAAAAUUUUGACAAGGAACGCAGUCGACCACGUGCAUUGUCCACGCGAGAAUAUGCCGGACAAGGUAGCGCCAACGGAGGUCCUACGGCCGGUCUCCGUAGGGCCGAAAGACGACGGCGACAAUCACAGUAGUCAGGAGGUCAAACUCAAGAAGGAGCUCGGCUUAUUGGACGGAGUAGCAAUUAUCGUUGGCAUCAUCGUCGGCGCUGGAAUUUUCGUGUCGCCGAAGGGCGUCCUCGAAAACAGCGGCAGCGUUGGCCAGGCGCUUAUCAUCUGGGUCUUCUCCGGGAUCCUGUCUCUUAUCGGCGCCCUGUGCUAUGCCGAGCUGGGUACAAUGAUCCCGAAAUCUGGCGGUGACUACGCAUACAUCAGCGUCGCUUUUGGACCAUUGCCCGCGUUCCUUUAUCUCUGGGUGGCGUUAUUCGUCCUGGUUCCAACGGGGAAUGCCAUCACCGCUCUCACAUUCGCACAAUACAUCCUACAGCCCGUAUGGCCCGGAUGCACACCGCCGUAUGCAGCAGUGCGACUACUGGCCGCCGUGGUCACGUGUCUCUUAACUGUUAUCAACUGCUACAACGUCAAAUGGGCGACCAGAGUGCAGGACAUCUUCACUGGCACCAAGAUUUUUGCUCUGGUGAUCAUCAUGGUGGCCGGCUUCUGGUGGUUCUGCAUGGGCCAUACAAAAAACUUCCAAGAUCCGAUGGCCGGGACCAACACUCAGCCCGGUUAUAUUGCUUUGGCCGUAUACUCGGGAUUGUUCUCCUAUUCUGGUUGGAAUUAUCUCAACUUCGUGACGGAAGAACUGAAGGAUCCCUACAAAAAUCUUCCUAAGGCGAUUUGUAUAUCGUUACCGCUGGUGACAGUGAUUUACGUCUUCGCGAACAUCGCUUACUUCGUGGUACUCACGCAAGACGAGAUACUCGCGUCAAAUGCCGUCGCCGUGACCUUCGGCGAUAAACUGCUGGGCGUUAUGUCAUGGAUCAUACCGUUCUUCGUGGCGUGCUCGACUUUCGGCGCAUUGAACGGCGCGAUCUUCGCGUCGUCCAGGCUUUUUUUUGUCGGGGCCCGAAACGGACACCUUCCCACUGCCAUUGCCCUGAUCAACGUCCGCAAUUUGACGCCGAUGCCAUCCCUUAUCUUCCUUUGCAUUAUCACCCUGGUACUCCUCAUCAUAGAGGAUGUCUACGUACUAAUAAAUUAUGUCAGCUUCGUUGAGGCUCUAUUUACCACACUCUCCGUGUCUGGUCUCCUGUGGCUGCGUUACAAAAAGCCUGAUCUCGAACGUCCCAUAAAGGUUUGGUUAGCUCUGCCAAUCAUCUUCUUCAUAAUCUGCGCAUUUUUGGUCACUGUACCGUGCUAUGUAUCUCCAUGGGAAGUGGGCGUAGGCAUAAUCGUGAUAUUGUCCGGGAUUCCCGUGUACUUGAUCUUCAUCUAUUGGAAAGAGAAGCCCGCGUGGCUCGUCAAUGGAUCCCAUCAAUUCAACAUUAUAUGCGCUAAACUGUUUUUGUGCGUGCAAGAGGACAAGACCGUGUAAAUACGGGAGACGCUGCGGUUAUCGCAAACAAGUUACUGUGAUGCCCAAGUGUGCAUUUGAGAAAGGACUUUCUAGUUAAAUUACAUUCUCGAUCGUGAUUGAAGUGUCAAUUACGACGAUAAUUAUAAUAAGUAUUAACACAAUACUAUGCAAUGAGCGACGUUACUCUCGUCGAUGGUGAAUUUGUAAUUUUUAUACGUACAUUUGUGGCAUAUUGAGCUUGCAAUUAUUUAUUGCUUACCAUUUUGUGCCUAUGCAGUGUAACUAUAGUGUGUAAUUUUGAGUGCCAAUUAUUGAUACUGCCGGAUGCAUUCGAGUUUCGAAAAUAUUUAGCAUGAAAUUUUCGAUACGUAGUGCGCGCAUAUAGAAGCUAUAUUUUGGCCGUGCGCGUAUGUAAUGCAACAUACAAGUACGUGACCGUGAAAACAAAAUAAUAUCAAGCAUAAUAAUAAUGAUUUAAUAAGAUUAUGAGAUGUCAAGAAUUGGAAUCGACAUAAUUUUUACUAAGUUUAUUUCCAACAUUCUCAACAUAAAAAUGAACAUUUUGCAGAUAGAAGUGAUGAUCGUGUAUCAAAAUAUGAACUUCACCAAAUUAUGUCUGUUCCAAUCACCUCGAAUUGUACAUACAGUAGAAUAGCGUAAACUUUAUAUGUUACGCUCGUAAAACUCUAAGAAUUUGUAUAAAGAAACUUUCUUUUAAAGCUUCGGAAAGCUUUAAAAAUGUUUUUAUAUCUUUGAGUUUAAGGAUAAUUUUUUAGAUGUCUUCGUUUAAGAGAAUUAUCUUGUGUACAUUUAAUCGUUACGACGUUCAUAGUCCACUGAUUAUGACAUGGAUAUUAUAUAAUUCUUAGAAGUGUAUAAUUAAAAAUUAUCAGGGAUAUUGAAGUGGUCAGCAAAAAAGGUACAAUGUGUACAUUGUUAACACGAGUCUCUUAUCAUGUUAACGAUGAUACCCAUGCAUGCAGAUAUAGACUAUGAACGUGUUGUUAGACGUCCUAAUAUAAAUAACUGCUCAAGUGUCAAUGAAGAACUGCAGGAACGGAUUACGUACACAAAUGACUGAUUAUUGUGUGCCUUGUAUGUGAGUGUGAAACGUAAGCAAAUUACGUUUUUCGUAAAGCGGAAUUAGGGAAUUGUACAAAAAUAAAUAACGACUAAAUUAUUUCCAAUCACGGUGAAUAUUCCAACUAGAUGUAACGCGUUUUAAGGGACUCUAUACAGACAUAAUAAUGUUUAAAUUAAUGUUUAGAUAAAUUUUUGGAUAUUAACUUUA